AUGACUAAAUGGAUGAUUGAGAAAAGAAAGCAAGAACAUCUAUUCCAGUGUCAUCUGGAGAAGGCAACAAGCACCUUCUUUCUGCUCAAGGAGGCAAGAUCCAACCAUCCUCAGAAAAGAUACAGGAAACAUGGGGCAGAUUUCCCGCUGGGCCCCCUGACGCCAGCCCACAGUGGGACCUACAGGUUCUCUGGCUCCUACAAUGACUUUGUGUGGUCUUUCCCUAGUGAGCCUGUGAGGCUUCUGAACACGGGAAAUACCCUUGGGAUCUCGACCCAUCAACUAACUACAGAGACAGGACUCCAAAAUGAGUUCACCUCCUGGGAUCAUUGUGCCCAGAAUCUCUUUCAGAUUGGAGUGACUGUCGUCAUCAUGGCAGCCAUAGUAGGACUGCUGGCAGGAAGAGGCUUCAAGAGGAAGUUAUCAAAGCCCCAAGUCAGGGACCCAGGAUAA